UGACUCCACGUGACCCUUUUUGUGUCUCCAUCCGCGCUAGGCCCGUUGCGGCUCCCCCACCGACUCCACCGUCGCAAUCGCGAUACAGAAUUAUUUCCGCCCAUCAAUUCACAAUGUGACAUUCCACUCCCAUCUGAUUCAAUUGCCCGUUAGCUGGGGUCGGUCGCACACCUGAUAACCAUGGCGGAAGAGGACACCUUCGACACCGGGGACAUGUUCCAGGACCCCGAGGGCUUCUACGAGCCUGAGCCCGAGCCCACCUUUGCAGAGCAUCACAUGCUCAACGGCCAGACGGUGCGCGUGCGCCUCGUCGGUAGCCAUCCUCUCUACGGAAACCUCCUCUGGAACGCCGGCCGGACCAGCUCCCACUACAUCGAAGAACGGGCCAGCACCCUCAUCGAGGGGAAGGAUGUCCUCGAAAUCGGCGCCGCCGCCGGUGUCCCAAGUAUCGUCACGGCCAUCUUGGGCGCCCGCACUGCCGUCAUGACCGACUACCCGGACCCGGAUCUCGUCGAGAACAUGCGCUACAACGCCAGCUUGGCUACCCCUCAGAUCGCGAACCCCUCCGCCCUCCACGUUGAUGGAUACAAAUGGGGUAACCCGGUGGAACCGCUGUUUGCAUGCCUCCCCGCUGGUGCGACGGGAUUUGACGUGCUCAUCAUGGCCGACGUGGUGUACAGUCAUCGGGAGCAUCCAAACCUGAUCAAGACGAUGCGGGAGACAUUGAAGCGCAGCAAGGAUUCCAUGGCACUGGUGAUCUUCACGCCGUAUGAGCCGUGGUUGUUGCCUAAGACGGAGAAGUUUUUCCCGCUGGCGGAGGAGAAUGGCUUCCGGGUGACGAAGAUAUUCGAGAAGCUGAUGGAUGCUGUGCUGUUUGAGAACGACCCGGGUGAUGAGCGCUUACGGAGAACGGUGUUCGGAUAUGAGAUCCGCUGGGCAGAUGAGGAGCUGAACUAGCAUACUGGCGUUGAUGGCAUGAUCAAUCCUCGUUGGAUGUUGCAUACACCGUACGGAUUAUGAAAAUUAUAGAGCAGCGGGGUAUGAAUAUGCCCACGGUGGAUAGACAACCACUUCAGUUGA